AUGAUAUCUGCUCUUUAUAUAUUGCAUAUACCGCAGAAUCAAUCUGGAAAUGGUGUACAUCAAUUACUUUUACAUAGAAGAUAUCAUGAAAACAUCCCCCGAGAUUCAACCAUAUUGGGAAAUUUAGAUAAAUUAUUUAAUCAAUUACAAAAGGAAGAGAAAGUACCAAUUUUGAAUAUCAGAGGUAUAUCAUAUGUAUAUAUACGAUGUGAUAAUGAUAUUGUAUUAUUAGCAGUCACACCUAAGAAUUUGAAUGUGAUGCUGGUUAUUGUAUUCUUACGAGACUUUUAUAAUAUUCUAAUUCAUUAUCUUUGUGAAAACCAUAAAUUAGAUAAAGAUAUAAUUAUCGACAAUCUUACAUUGAUAUUCGAGUUACUUGAUGAAUGUUUAGACUUUGGAUUACUACAAAUGACAGAUUAUAAAUUAUUACAAGAGUAUAUAAAGGUGGAACCAAAUUUACCUAGUAUUGCCAAUGACGAAAAUGGAAUGGAUGAUGAUAACGAAUUUCCUUCAGGAUCUUCAUCAGAUGCCGAGUAUUCUGAUGAAAAACGUAAGCGAUCACAAAAGACGAACCGCCUGUUAAAUAAAGAGAUUAAGUCGUCUCAUAAUCAAUCCAUCAAAAUUGAUGUUGGCGAAGAAAGUAGCUAUGUAAACACUGCCAUCCUAAGAACAUACUCACUGGCAAUCAAUUGGAGACCGAAGGGAAUAUUUUAUGCAAAAAAUGAAAUAUAUAUUGAUAUACUAGAAGACUGUGAGUUUAUGUAUGAUUUAUCUACUGGAACAAUCAAACACAAUGAAAUAUACGGAACGUGCGUUGUCACAUCUUAUUUGUCAGGAAUGCCAGUAUGUCGAGUUGGAUUCAAUGAGAAGUAUAUGACGAGUAUUGAGCACGGUAACAUAGAGGAGGUAUCUUUGGAGCCAAAGCAACUGCAAAUAGAAAAGGAAGAAGAAGAAGAAAUACCUAUUAAUCAACUUCAAAAGGACCAAGGUGAGGAUGAAGAUGACGAGGACGAUGAGGAUGAUAACGUGCAAGGUCAAGUCGAGGACGAAGAAGUACAGCCUAUUAAUGGUAUAAGCUCCAAGCAAAAGAAACGACAUAGAAUCCCAAUCAGGAAUAUACAGUUUCAUCAAUGCAUAGAACUUUCUAAAAUAUACAAGGAGAAUAUUGUAACAUUUAUCCCACCAGACGACAAGUUUAUCUUAAUGACUUAUCAUGUCGAACAGCAGAAACAGAAAAAGAAGUUGCCUUUGAUUAUGGUAAAGCCAGUCUUUCGAAUCGUUGGCAAUCGAUUACAGAUUAUGUGUACAAUCGACACAAAUUUCAGCAAGAGGCGACAUUGUAGAGACUUAAUUAUUAAGAUUCCUAUCAAUCCCAACUAUUUCCAUCUCGAAUAUGAUAUGAAUAACUUGAAGUAUAAAGCAGAAAUCGGAGAAGUUUCAUUUAAAAUUGAUUCUUGCCAAAUUGUUUGGAGAAUUGAUAGUACUCAUGGGAAGCAAACGCAUCGUAUGAUGGCUGAAGUAUCGUUACUCGAAACUGUAUCUCUUGAAGCAAUAGAAAAUUAUCUCGUAAAGAGAAUCCAAUCAUUAUCAAUGGACGAGGAUGAGAACCAUGAAACUGAAAAUGGAGCGAGAGAAUUAGAUGAAUUUUAUGGAGUUAAUCGUAGAUCCAAGAUAUCGCCCAAGUCAGCAUCUCGCCAAAAAUUCCAAGCUAUUUACAAAAACAACCAUAUUGAUGAUAAUAUUCAUGUCACUUUUAAAAUUCCAAUGAUGACAUAUUCGGGAUUAAAAUUGAGUUAUUUAAGUGUGGAAGAGGAGCAGUUGAAAUAUUCGUGUUUCCCGUGGGUUAGAUAUUUAACAAAAUCAAAUGAUCCUAAUGAUGUUAGUCUUGGAACCCAAGAUAAAAGAUUUAAUGGGAAGCAUUGCAAUUAUCGAUUUAAAUUAGGCAUCGAUUGUUUCAUAGUUGUGUAG